AUGCAAAGUUUCGUCAUGGAUAAUUUCCAGGAUAAAUCUGAAAAUUCUCUGAUGGAUUUCAGUUUUGAGAACAUUGGUACGACUAUCGGAACAGAGAGUACGCUCGAUAACAAAUCGGGAACAGCAGAAAAUCGAGAAGAUGAUUUAGUGGUCACUAACCAGGAUCCAGGCUCUAAGGUUAAAGAUAGUGAUGUUUUUGAUGAGUGUAUGCCAAUGAUGCAAAGCACGUAUAGAGAGGAGCAGUUUAAUGAUAGAGAUGAACCAUUUUCGGUGGUCGAAUCUGCAGUUACGCGAGAUGUUAUCAGCAAGCCAAGCAAACCUGAAAAGGUCGAUGAAGUUGAAAGUGACUACAUGAAUCCGUACGCCAGCAUACGAUCGCAAAAAGACGAAAAAUCUAGUGUCCCGGAGGAAUCGGCGGCUGCAACAUUUGAUGAAGUUGCUGCCGAAUUACCACCAGAACCGGAAAUUCCAGUGAUGAGCAAUGUUUCCAAUGUUUUCCAACAAGAAACGGGCCCAGUUGCAUCCGAACCAGGUAACGAAUGCAUAAAGAUCGAGCAAAUGUUCAAGGAAUAUGGUCUGGAUGCUUGGUUCAAUCCAGCCAGACUACACCCAAAAGUGGAAUCUCUUAUUUACUGGCGUGAUGUGAAGAAAUCCGCGGUAGUAUUCGGUGGCGGUCUUGCUAUCUUGCUGGCGAUGUCGCUUUUCUCCUUGAUCAGCGUGUUUUCGUACCUCUCGUUGCUGGCCCUAGCAGGAACAAUAUCGUUUAGAAUCUACAAAAAUGUUCUUCAGGCAGUUCAGAAAACCUCCGAGGGCCAACCAUUCAAGGAGUACUUGGACAUGGAUCUCACAUUGUCGCAAGAGAAAGUGCAACAAUUGACUACUGUAGCAGUGGCCUACGUGAAUGCAUUGUCGACUGGACUGCGUCGCCUGUUUUUGGUGGAGGAUCUCGUUGAUUCUAUUAAGUUCGGAGUAUUAUUGUACUGGCUCACGUAUGUGGGAGCAAUUUUCAACGGCAUUACCUGCGUUAUGAUUGGAUUCGUAGCACUGUUCACCUUGCCAAAAGUAUAUGAAAACAACAAGCAAUCGAUUGACACUCAUAUAGAGAUGGUUCGAAGCAAACUCCAAGAAAUCACAGAGAAAGUAAAAGCAGCCGUACCACUGGGAAAGAAGGCGGAAACUGAUAAAAAUAAGUAAAGAUGUACUUUUUCAGCAAUUUGAAUCUUUUUUGAAGGCACAACCGCCGUCGGUGAAACGAAUAUUGCUAAGCAGGAUAUUAUUAGCAUUCGAAUAUUUACUGUUGUUUGUGAAUUGCUUUCAAGGUUUUACGCAAUAUUUCCGUUUUGAAUUCGCUUUCUAGUACCAUCAUAAAAAGCGUGAAGGGAUACAAAUCAAAAUUUUACUGUGCAUAGACUUCCUUAUAAAUAUAUGUAUGUAUUUGUGCAUAGACUUCCUUAUGAACAGCAUUCAUAACGCCGGUUCUGAUUAUUGGCCAAACGAACAACAUGCAGCCGUGGAUGUUUGAAUACGAAUGAAAUCGUCAUUGAGAUUAAGUGGUCCGCUGUGUAGCAGAAGACGUCGUGUUAUUCUCUAAAGAAAAUAUAAAACACUUUGAAAUUGCGUGUGAUUAUAAUGAAAUUGAGCGUUAAGCAUGCUUUGUUGCCAAGGCCGUGAGUGCCACGUUUUGUUUUAAAAAUUGAAUUGCGUCCUGUGAGUAUUUUAAAUCAUCGUUGGUUUAUACGUGUAUUGUUUCGCUAAGCCUUUGUUUCGACAAAAAAAGUUACAUGUCACAAAAAGAGGUGAAAGCUAGCUGUAGGCUGAUGCAACACUCCAUGUAGAAUUUACAGCACAUGCUUAAAGUACACUAUAGAAACAUUGGAAAUCAAUAUUGCAAAUCUCAAAUAUGGAUUAAAUAUACUGGUAAUAAUCACAACAGCAUUAAACUAAAUGUUUCGCCAUAGCUAGAAAAUAAAACUACAAACAUUUCUAUCUUACGCACCGUUGUUUUACUUGUGAAAAAUCAAAGCUCAAAUAGAGUAUUUGAGCGUGUCAAAUAUUGGCAUGUAUAAAAAAAUGUUUAUAUUACCUCUUUUAAUUUUGAUUUCAAUGGGCAAAGUGCUGUCGUCUUCUUUUGCAGAUAGGUGUUGAGGCUGUACUCUUUCAGUUGCAGAUCAUUUACUGGAAACGAAACAAGUGCUAUUGAAGACUUAACAUUUGAAUUGGGCCAGUAGGAUACGAACACGUGUCACCUGAGUUAGAGUCGGUACAAUUUUUUUAUUGUAACAAUCAAAUUCGAUCGUUUACUUUCCAUGGAUGUGUUAAAUAAAUGGUUGCCUCCCCCCGGCCAAAUUUGAGAAAGCAAUUUUUGUCACGAGUUACCGAACGAUAUGAAUGUCGUAGAAUCAAUGCUGUAAUAUAACGGCAAAGUACACCGUAUCGAAAAUAUAAGUAAUAUGGAAAGUGAGUAACAUGUGAUAACAUUUUGGAUUAUUCUCUAACGAAUCUAAACUCCAU